AUGGCGCCGAAGAAAGAUAAGAAGCCUAAGAAGUCAACCUGGAAGUUUAAUUUGGAUCUUACUCAUCCAGUAGAAGAUGGAAUUUUUGAUUCUGGAUAUUUUGAACAGUUACUGCGGGAGAAAGUUGAAGUGAAUGGCAAGACUGGAAAUCCUGGGAAUGUCAUUCACAUUGAAUGCUUCAAGAAUAAAACCAUAGUUGUUUUUGCGAAACAGUUCUCUAAAAGAUAUUUGAAGUACCUUACCAAAGAAUACCUUAAAAAGAACAAUCUUCGUAAUUGGCUUUGUAUGGUUGCAUCAGACAAGGAGACUUACGAGCUUCGUUACUUCCAGAUUAGUCAAGAUGAAGAUGAAUCUGAGUCUGAAGACUAG